UUGGAACUGUUUUGAACCAUAACGCGACGUCUUGAUUGGACGUUCAAACAACGGACACUCAACGUCUCAAUGUUUGCUGGGAUUUCUUUUCUAUCCAGUACAGCUCUGUGCUCUGUAUCCUCUGCAGUCUGCUUCGGCAAAGUGUAGGCAUCACUUCUCGUCCUUCCUUUGGUGUCCAUUCCGGCGUCAUGUGAAAAGGGUUCCUAGUGUUUCUCUCGCCCUAGACCGGGACCUCCUCCGUCGAGCUCAUUCGUCAGCGCCGAGACGUACUCGCCCCGGUUGUCCCGGUGGGGUAGUGCCCCUGUCCCCGGUUCAUCCCGCAUCCUUCGGCGUGCGGCGGAGCGGAGGAUGAGCGAGCAAGGGAAGGGCUCGGCACCCGCCUCUGCCGCGGCCCCGGCCCCAGGGUCGGAUACUUACAAAGGCUGGCUUUUUAAAUGGACCAACUAUUUGAAAGGUUACCAGCGGCGAUGGUUUGUUCUCAGCAAUGGCCUGCUCUCAUAUUACAGAUCGGUGGAUAUGUGUUUUAUGAGGAUAUGUGCACAGGGGACUGACAGGACGCAGGCAGAGAUGGCCCAUACGUGCCGUGGAACAAUCAACUUGGCCACAGCACACAUCGACACAGAGGACGCCUGCAAUAUUGUCCUGAGCAGUGGCGGCCGCACUUACCACCUGAAGGCUAGCACAGAGGUGGAGCGGCAGAGAUGGGUCACAGCACUGGAGUUGGCCAAAGCUAAAGCCAUCCGCAUGAUGAACGAUCAGUCUGAUGACUCUGGGGACGAAGAGCCUACAUCCCAGUCGGACCGCAGCGAGAUUCAGGGCACCCUGAAGAUACUUGUCAGCAAGCUUGAUGACCUCAGCACAUGUAAUGACCUGAUCGCCAAGCACGGGGCAGCCCUGCAACGUUCCCUGAGUGAACUCGAGGGUCUGAAAGUCCCUGUGGAAGGAGGGGAGAAGAUCAAGGCAGUCAAUGAGCGAGCCACCCUCUUCCGCAUCACUUCUAAUGCUAUGAUCAAUGCGUGUCGGGACUUCUUGGACCUAGCAGAGACUCACAGCAGGAGAUGGCAGAGGGCGCUGCAGUAUGAGCGAGAGCAGCGUAUCCACCUAGAGGAGACCAUUGAGCAGCUAGCCAAGCAGCAUAACAGCCUGGAGCGAGCGUGGCGAGAAGCACCCACGCUUGUUUCCACCACACCCAGUGCCCCUACUGCCAACAAGGGAGGGAGUGAGAGGCUGCACAAAGAAGAGGCGAGUGAUGAAGAUGAGAAUACUGAGUACUUUGAUGCCAUGGAGGAUUCCCCUGAAUUUAUCACAGUGACUGCCACUGAGAACACACAGCACAGGCGAUCUAGUAAUUUGAGCGGAGCAAGCGGAGGUCAGCCCAAUCACUGGAACCAGGACGACCAUAUGUCUCCAAGCUGUAAUGAUGUGUCAGGGAAGGAGCUGCAGCCCCGCAGACAGAGACGGACUCAUGUCCCAGACAAGCCCAACUACUCCCUCAAUUUGUGGAGCAUCAUGAAGAACUGCAUUGGCAAGGAGCUCUCCAAAAUCCCCAUGCCUGUAAACUUCAACGAGCCUCUGUCGAUGCUGCAGCGCCUCACAGAGGACCUGGAGUAUCAUGAGCUUCUGGACAAGGCAGCACGUUGCGACUCCUCCCUGGAGCAGAUGUGCCUGGUUGCUGCCUUCUCCGUCUCGUCCUAUUCCACCACGGUCCACCGAACAGCCAAGCCCUUCAACCCCCUCCUGGGCGAGACCUACGAGCUCGAUCGACAAGAGGAGUUUGGCUACCGCUCGCUGUGUGAGCAGGUGAGCCAUCACCCCCCUGCAGCUGCACAUCAUGUGAUUUCCCAACGAGGCUGGACCCUGUGGCAGGAAAUCACCAUCGCCAGCAAGUUCCGUGGCAAAUACCUCUCCAUAAUGCCUCUGGGUGCUAUUCACCUACAGUUCCACUCCAGUGGGAACCACUAUGUGUGGAGAAAGGUCACCUCAACAGUGCACAACAUCAUUGUGGGCAAGCUGUGGAUUGACCAGUCAGGGGACAUUGAGAUUGUGAAUCACAGGACAAAGGAGACCUGUCAACUCAAAUUCUCUCCCUACAGUUAUUUCUCCAGGGAUGUUCCACGGAAGGUGACAGGUAUGGUGGCAGACAGUGAAGGCCAGGCUCACUACAUCCUCUCUGGUACAUGGGAUGAUAAAAUUGAGAGUGCCAAGAUCAUUCAGAGCAGCCGAGGGGGCAGUGGAUCAGAGGGCAAGCAGAAGACGGUCUAUCAGACGUUGUCCCCCAAACUGUUGUGGAAGAAAUACCCUCUCCCGGAGAACGCUGAAAACAUGUACUAUUUCUCAGCGCUGGCACUAACCCUGAACGAGCCGGAGGAAGGAGUGGGACUGACCGACAGCCGUCUGAGACCAGACCAGAAGCUGAUGGAGGAAGGGCGAUGGGAUGAGGCAAACUCAGAAAAACAGAGGCUAGAGGAGAAACAAAGAGCCGUGAGGAGGAGGAGGGAAGCGGAGGCCUCAGACGCUGUGGAUGAAGAGUGUGAUUAUGACUCUGGUAAAGAAUACGAAGGCUACCAGCCGUUGUGGUUUCACCAGAGGAGGGAUUCAGUUACUGGAGAGACAAACUUUGUGUACAAUGGAGGUUACUGGGAGGCGAAGGAGAGACAGGACUGGAGCAUGUGUCCUAACAUCUUCUAACCCAGGAACUCUGCCAGGAUCACUCCUAACCUCAUCGGACAGGGAACUGCUCUGCCUCUGGUCCUUCAGCAAUGGGGCUUAGCUGGCUUAUGAGCACCAUGUGGACCUUUUAUUGAGCAUGAGAAUGUGUAUGUUUCACACACUCUCGGAUUACCUCCAAACGUACACUCUCACUCUGUUUUUACUAUCGAGAAAAAGAAGGGGCGUUCCCUGAGUCUUUGACACUAUACUGAAACAGCACUGAGAUCAUGUGUGGAUGUGAGGUGGUGUUGGAGUUGUAACACCACACAAUAAAGGCACCUGCACACUCCUGAAAUCAGGUGCUCAAUAAAUCUAAUUCACAAUGCACUUUUUCUGUUUUCACCCCAUUUAAGAGUUUUUACUGAUUGGACAGAAACCCAUAUCAAAGGAGCUCACAUUUCUAGACUGACAACUAACAGGGACAAAAAACCGGCACAUAGACGCAGAACAGUGUUGAACACAUGUCAGUUUUUCAGGAGUUACAAGAAAAGUGUCCUCAUCCUUAAUUUAAUAAUAAUUGAGAUUAUGGCAGGCCUAUUUUAUAUAUAUCUUAAAUUAGUUCCCUAUUUCUUUUUCAGGUGCUCAUUAUUUGCCCCUUUUAGUUGCUUAAGGACGAGGCUAAGGCUUAAAAAUGUUGUUUGGAAAAUUCUAUCUAAUAGAUGUUAUCAAUUAUGCAGACACAAAGAGUUCAAAAUUAAAUAAAUAAAAAAUACAUUCAGGAAAAAAUAUUCACAUAAAUAACUACAGACAAAUAGGUAACAUAGCCUAGUAAGAUAAUGCAAUGCAUUUUUUUUACUCAGCUCUUUAUACUGUAUGAAAUUAAUGCAGCUUAUUUUCACAAUCGUCAGCAAGUCAGUUUUAUUUUACUUUUUUUUUCAUCAAGACAAACCGGGCAGAGCCAGGUCCAGUAUGUCAUUGGCUGGUGGUGAAACGGUCACUGAGAAAAAGGAAAAAAGUACAUUUUGAAGUGAAAACUGCUAAAAAGAAUAAAUACAACUGUAUAAAUAAUAACGAGCUGUGUUUUAAAAAAUAUAUUGGAUUACUUCACAAUUUUAUGGUUAUAUUAUAUAUUUUGUGUGUUUUUAUUAAUAUGCUUAUUUACUUUCCAUAACCAACAGCUAACAUUUGAUUGGGCAAACCAUCUUUUUUUAUACGGCAGAGGCUGGCUUGUCUGAACUGAUGAAAUAUGCAGCAGUGCAGAAAUAUAUUCUAUUUGGUGUGAAUGUUGGGAGUUUCCCUCUAGAAAUUAGUCAAUUAGACUAGAGUCCAUGUAGAGAAAAUAUAUGGCUGCUUAUUAAUUUCAUAUGUUGAAUAUAAAUUGCUUCAAUGCAUUUUAGUCAUCUCAACAUGCUUCAGACAUCUUCCAUUUGUGAUUCUGAUUGGUACAAUUCUGCAGUAGUGAGUCCUUUAGUUGUAACACGUUAGUGCAAUUGCACCAGUAACACAUUGAACAUCCAUAUCACUCUAAUCUUCAUCAAAGAACUAAAUAAGCACUUUUCACUGUGGUAGAUCAUAGGUAAGUAGUACAUAUCUCUGUGUUGAUGUUGAGAAAAUUUCACGCUGUACAUGUACUUUACCUUGUCCUCUGGUGCUCUCCCAACAUAUCGUAUCCUUAGUGACCAUAUUCAGUGCAUCAUUGUCAGUGAUCAUACAAAAUAGUAUUAAGUCUGCACCAAAGCACUGAGACAUUCGGUGAUUACCACCCAGUACAUACAGGAACAUGUUGUUUUCUAUAUUGGUACUACUACUACUUUUGUUUCUAGCUCCACAGCCUCCAUCAGUCACUAGUUUGUAGCUCAGUUUCCAGUUGGACUACAGCACGUUAAACUGGACCGGUUUCUCUGAGGAGUCCAGUGUGGCUUCAGCUGAAAGGGGGCAGGGCUGGUUCCUGUAUCACACCUCUGUGCAAUUAGCUCCAGCCACAGAUGAAUCCCCCCAGCUGCCGCUCCAGCUCAACACAGCUCACAUGUGUAGUCCUUUCAUUCGGUGUUUGUGGACACGCUGAUCUGGGAUCAGCUCACGAAGGUAACUCUUAGUCUUUUGCCUUUAAUUGACUGAACAAGGGAAAGAGUCCCCUGACCUGUGCACUACACGUCUACGGAGACAAUUGUUUUGAAAACCAGUUAGUAUUUUUUUGUAAUUAUUGUUAGGAAUGUAGAAUCCAAGGCUGGAGGUAUUGUAUCUACCAUCUAGUCUAUUUGUGUGAAUAUUUUGUGAUAAAAGAAUGAUAUUGUAAAAUGAAGAAUAAUUAUACUAAUAUGAGUAUUAAGUUAUCUGUACAGUAAAGUCCAACUCUGAAAACAAAUUGACUGAAUGAGCCUGAUGGAUUUGCUGUAAUUUUAACUUUUAAUCCAGAUUGAUUCUGAUGGAUGUUAACUCUGAGGCACCCUCAAUUUGGCUGCAGAUUCUUGUUUUAUACUUUCAAAAACUGUCUUAACACACUGAAAAUAUUUUUUAUAGAGUACUUGAUACUAGCACAUUAGUAACCGUGGUUCAGUGAUGAUUUCAUCGGUCAACACAUCUGGCAGUUCCUCUGAUGUGCAGUUCAUAAAGAAGUAUAAAAUGCACUAGAAAAUGAAUAAAUUCACAUAGAAUAUUCAAAUAGAGUGAAGAUGUUAAGAAUGAUAAAAUGAUCUGGUAAAAUGUAAAUUGUGAGAAUCAUCUGUGAAUUAAUGAUUUAAUAUUGAAAUGAAUGAUGAUUGAUGCUUUUUUUUGCACAAAAUAUGCCUCUUUUAACCAUUUACAUAAAAGGUGUUAAUACCUUGACAUGCUCAAAGAAUAAUUCUAUAUUUUUGGAAACACACUUUCAGUUUUUUGUUUGCCAAAAGUUGGAUGAGAAGAUCUUCUCAUCUAACUUUUGGCAUGAAAAUAAAGGAAUAAGUGUAUUUCCCAAAAUGUAAUUUCACUAAUUACUGCUUUGGUUCUCCUCUUGUUUAUCCACUUCACACAGACUCAAACAUCGUUAAGCACGUAUAUAGAUACGAGCUUUUGAUAUAGGUUGUGUACGCUUAAAAUCAUAUCAAGGGUUUCACAUAUGAGAAUGGACACUGUUGCAUUUUUCAUUAUUGCUGUUUUGAAAAUUGUACAGUUAAUUCUGUAUCAUCAUGCACAGUCAUGACAUCACUGCUGAAUAGUGGUGAAGCAAUUGUACAAAUGGAAAGUUAGUCUGUGAUUUCCUUUCUCAGCGAUCAAUGUAAAGAAUUUAUUAGAGAUAUACUUAAAUAUAUUGUGUUUGAAAUGAUUUUAUAUUUUAGAAUACAUGUUAUAUUUUGAAUGAUAACAGAGAGCUCAUCAUAUGUUUUAAUCAGUGCAUUUCCAAAUAAUGUGACCUCAGUACUUGAUGGUGACUUUCCUACUGAUGUUGCCCCAGCGAGGGCCUGUACACUAUCGGACAGCUAACACAGUGAGGUGCAAAUGUGUUAGCACAUGGCUGUUGCUUUAAACAGAAGUGUUGUCUGCCUCAUGCAGAAGGGAAAAAAACAACCAAAGUGUAUGUGGAGAGUGUACUGUAGAGUAAAAAAAAAAACUCUUCAUUUGGCUUCCCUUUCUGGGAGGGUUCUAAUGUCAACCCCCUCUCAUUUCAUUUCACUUAAUACACUAUGGUGUGACUUUUUUUAGCCUUCGUUUUUACGCUUUUAUUUUCUACCUUCUCAUGGGUGCCAUUAUUCUUAUGUAAGUGUUUUCAUUCUGUUUUUUUAUGCAUAAUGUGCUUGAUUUGAGUGCAUGUGUGGCACACAUUUCCUUCUCAUUCGAUGCUUCCCAGUUUGGAGGCAAAACUAAACUUAUGAAGAUGAGGAAAUUUUUCUUGCCUUGUCUAAACUGAAACCUGCUUCUUCUCAGACUGUGACUCACAGCUUUGUUGUGAGACAGGGAUGUUAAUAAUCUGUAUGAUGAUGAAAGUUAUGAGACACAUCACAUCAGCGGCCUGGUACAGAAGGUCAAAGGUGAUUGACCUGCCUUGAAUAUUACUCCCCCCAAAUAUACAUAGGUGUAUUCAGGUGUAACUGCGGAUUCAACUGAGGUUUUGCUUCUUUUUUUAAAUUGUGUAUUUUCUCCCUUAAUUUAUACUUGUAUAACAUUGUCCUUAAAUGACAAAGACACAAUAAUGAAAAAAGAAGAUAAUAAAGUUGUUAUUGUUGAAA